UUACACUACACACUGCUGUUUCUGCUCCGUCUGACUCCCCGUCUGACUCACACACAUCUGAACAUCAUUGUGCCCUGCGUUUGUUUGAUCUGAGACGGCGGCGAGUCCACACUUCCUCAGUUACACACUGCGCACUGUUUAAUGACUGAAUGCGGCUGAAUGAAUAAGAUGAGAUAGUGAAUAAUACACUGGGAGUUUAAAGGGAGGUUUUGGCUCUGUUGAGCCAUGUGAGAAUGGGUGUGUGUGUGUGUGUGUGUGUGUGAUAAGAAGCCAUGUUUAACUCAGACAGACAUGCACACAUGGUCUCGGACAUGUGCACACCCGGACAUGUGAUAUGAGGACGCCGUCUCAGCUGUCUUUAGAGCUUGAUUCGUCCAAUCAGCCAUGUGGGCAAAGCAUUUUUGUCACAGAGUAGUGAAUUCCACAAGGUUUUGGAAAAGUUCCUUUGAAGUACUGGUCCAUGCUGACAUGACUGCCGGACAUAUUUACUGCAGAUUUGUCAGCUGCGCAUUCAUCCUGAAAAUCUCUCGUUGUACCACAUCCCAAUCGUGUUCUCUAUUAGAUUCAGAGCUGGUGACUUGGAAGACCAUUGAAGUACAGUACCGUGAACUCAUGGUUAUGUUCAUGGAACCAGUUUGAGAUGGCUUUGGGACAUGCUUGAAGUAACCAUUAUAAGAUGGUUAGCGACAAUACUCAGACAGGCCGUGGCAUUUAAACGAUGCUUUCUCCACACCGUUACACCACCACCACCAGCCUGAAGUGUUGUUACAAGGCAGGUUAGAUCUACAUGGAUUCAUGCUGAAAUCCAUGAAAUGCAGCAGAAAUCGAGAUUCAACAGACCAGGAGAUGUUUUAUUAGUCGUCAACAGUCCAGUUUCAGUGAGCCUGUACCCACUGUAGUCUCAGAUCCUGGUUCCUGGCUUGCAGGAGUGGAAUCUGAUCCAGUUAUCUGCUGUUGUAGCCCAGGUUUGGUUUGAUGAUGUGUGUUCUGAGAUGCUUUUCUGUUCACUGCGGUUGUAAAGAGUGGUUAUUUGAGUCUUCUUUGGAAUUGUACUUUUUUAUUAGCAGAUAAUUUUACUCAUUUCGACCAUUUUUUUUUUUUUUAAGAAAAGAAACACAACGAGACAUUUUAAGUAAAAAAAUAGCCUCGACAUUUAGGUUGGUUUCAAUAAGAAAUUUUUGUGCCGUUGCUCAAAACGAUACAAAAACCGCGAAAGAUAACAACGAAUAAAUUUGGUCAAAAAUUUGCAACCGUCUCAAGAUUUAUUCUUUGCUUCAGGUUCAAAACGGACUUCUCGUCUGUCGAAAGUGGUACGAUGAAUAUCCUCAUGGAAAUAAGAUACAGUCACUUUAAAUUAUUAAUGGUUAACGAUUAAAAGGUAACUUUUUUUUUUUUUCAUUGCCAUUCAGUCGUGAUGUCAUGAGGAAUUUUAUGUCACUGGACUUUCAUAAAUUGUGGUUGAAAAGCUAAGAAAAAUGGAUUUGUUUGUAAACAGAGUGUAUUAGAAAUGUGAGAGAUUUCUUCUGUCCUGUAUGUCACUCUGACACUGUGGCAUGAGUCGACACUGACGUUAGUGUGUGAGUGUACGUGUAGGGUUUAGGUCAGUGUGUGUGUGUGUGUGUGUGUGUGUGUGUGUGUGUGAGUGUACAUGCAGGGUUUAGGUCAGUGUGAGUGUUCGUGCAGGGUUUAGGUCAGUGUGUGUGUGUGUGUGUGUGUGUGUGUGUGUGUGUGUGUGUGUGUGUGUGUGAGUGUAUAUGUAGGGUUUAGGUCAGUGUGUGUGUGGAUAUACGUGUGAAGCUCUGAGUCUCAAACAACAGCAGGAAAGGGCUCACUCCAUGGCCAUAGGAAAUUACAUCAGCACAAAUCUGCAGCUGCCAGGAAGUGUACAGAAUGAAAAGUGUGUGAAGGAAAUGUCCUGAAGUUUGAAGAAAGGAGGAGGAGGAGGAGGAGAUCAUAUGAGCUUUGAUUCAUCUGAGAACUCCACCAGUCAGUCUCGAGAACGUUCAUGGAUACGAUUUGUUUACGGUUGAAAGAAUUUAUCGAUCAUCAGGAGCAGCGUUUGCGCUAUCUGAAGCAGCAGGAACCACAUCAGGGCCCGGCCACGCCCGAAUCGGAGAAGCUGCAGAGGCUGAGGGAGAGAGUGGAGAAUCAGGAGGCCAAGCUGAAGAAGAUCCGUGCCAUGAGGGGGCAAGUGGACUACAGCAAGCUGAUCAACGGAAACCUGUCGGCAGAGAUUGAGCAUGUGAGCAGUCUGUUCCAGGAGAAGCAGGUGGAGCUGCAGCAGGCCGUGAUGAAGGUGGAGCAGCUCACACAGCAGCUGGAGGAACUGAGAAACAAACGCAUUACAGAGUCACAGCCUGCAGGGGGCAGCGCCCUGGAGCUCCACAAACUGUACCAGGAGCUGCAGAUGAGGAACAAGCUGAAUCAGGAGCAGAACAGUAAACUCCAGCAGCACAAGGACAUGCUGAAUAAACGCAACCUGGAGGUGAGCAUGAUGGACCGACGCAUCGAGGAGCUGAGAGAGCGUCUCUACAGGAAGAAAGCUGAGUUAGGGCGGAUGAGCGCUCCCUCAUCCCCUCAGUCUGUUCCCAUCACCUCUGGUCGCGUCGCAGCCGUGUUUCCCUACAUCCAAGUGCCCACGGUGACUGGGAGGCAGGAUGGAGGCUACCCUUUGACCCCCGACCCGCUUAAACCACACCCAGUUCCUGCCCAAAUCAGCCACACUCGCUCCAGAUCAGACGUCGAUAGAGUGAGGAAGCCUGCGGGACCGUGGAAGGUCUCAGACCUAGACGUCGUAGUCAACCGCGAGGUGACCCUUGACCCCAGAGACCAUCCCACCCCAAACGAUGCAAAUUGGAACAUGGCCUCUCUCAAAGCCCCGGACUGGAAGGACACGAGGCAGAACCCGGGAAAAAUGGCUGCCGGUGAAAAGGGAUCUCCUAAAGUACUGGGCACUAUAACAACCUUGUCCAAACAUCCGCCCCCAAUCUAUGGCACGUACCCCAGCGUGGGGCAUCACUCCACCGUCUGUGCCACUAACUCUCUGCCCCGCUCAGCACCAGGCACUCUGUCCUGGCACAGAUCCUCCGGUUCCUCAUCGCAGCAGAUCCAGCAGAGGAUCACCGUCCCUCCGAGUCCUACGUCCUCGGCCGGCUCGCCCGUCUUACCCCAGAGCGAGAGAAGUAAUGAUGCCCCUCUGGCUGCAGCGGUUCGACCGUUUUAUACGGACCGGGGGUCACGACCUCAGUCACCCCGGAAAGGUCCUGCUACAAUGAACUCCAGCUCUAUCUAUCACGUUUACCUGCAGCAGCCAACGGCCAAAAACUACCAAAGCAGCAGCACCAGAGCUGCAGUCAAAGCAGUCUAUGGAAAGCCAUUGCUGCCGAGCUCAAUCUCCUCGUCCCCUGUUCCCUUCCAGCAUCAAUCCUCCAGAGACGAUUCGGAGCGCGAGUCCGAACCCGAGAUCACCCACAGUCCUCAACCCAGCGUGGAGAACAUCCCUCGGCCCCUGAGCCCCACCAAGCUCACCCCGGCUCACUCGCCCCUGCGCUACCAGAGCGACAUCGACCUGGAGGUGCUGAGGAGGAAGCUCGCCAACGCUCCUCGUCCUCUUAAAAAGCGAAGCUCCAUCACCGAGCCUGAGGGUCCGAACGGUCCGAACAUCCAGAAACUUCUCUACCAGCGCUUCAACACGCUCGCUGGAGGCAUGGAAACGGUCACACCAUUCUUCCAACCAGACACCGCCCUUAAUUUAGCAGGCGAUGUUUCUGAUUCCGUUAAUGGAAAUGUAAUGGCUGCAACUAAAAAAGCCGCCAUAGCGCCAAUGCCACCGCCUGUUUCAGAGCCCGCACCAUCACCAUCACCCGCAUCCGACUCUAACGAGAAUCGACCGGCUCAAACGGCUAAUCGUACAGAAAUUACGGAGACUACAGACACCACCGAUCCUAAAGAAGGUCCCGAGGACAGUCAUAACAACAAUCGGUCAUCGUUAGACGAACACGUACAGUCCACGCCAGAGGAGAAGGAAGACGCGGAGCAGAAUACGGUGAAGAGGACGAACCUGAAAAAGCCUGGGUCUGAGAGGACGGGUCACGGUCUCAGAGUGAAGUUUAACCCUCUGGCGCUGCUCCUGGACGCGUCCCUGGAGGGCGAGUUUGACCUGGUGCAAAGGAUCAUAUAUGAGGUGGAGAACCCCAGCACUCCGAAUGAUGAAGGCAUCACGCCGCUGCACAACGCUGUGUGCGCUGGUCAUUAUCACAUCGUGAAGUUCCUGCUGGAUUUCGGCGUGAACAUCAACGCAGCGGACAGCGACGGAUGGACGCCGCUGCACUGCGCCGCCUCGUGUAACAGCGUACAUUUGUGUAAGCUCCUGGUGGAGUCAGGGGCGGCCAUCUUUGCCACCACUAUCAGUGAUGUGGAGACGGCGGCAGAUAAGUGUGAGGAGAUGGAGAACGGCUACGUGCAGUGCUCGCAGUUUCUCUACGGUGUGCAGGAGAAGUUGGGGGUGAUGAAUAAGGGGACAGUUUACGCUCUGUGGGAUUAUGAAGCUCAGAGUCCAGACGAGCUCUCGUUCCGUGAUGGAGACGCUUUAACGGUGCUGAAGCGCAGAGACGAGAGUGAGACUGAGUGGUGGUGGGCCAGACUUAAUGACAAGGAGGGCUACGUUCCACGGAAUCUGCUUGGGUUGUACCCGAGGAUUAAACCUCGACAGCGGUCCCUGGCGUAGCGCCCCCUGAUGGACAGGAGCCCCAGCUGAACAUUUUGCCCCCAUUUUCAUCUUUUAGUG